UAGCCUUAGCUUUUAUUGCUCGCCCACUAGUACAUCGCACGCCAUCUUGCUUAAGCGACUAUUUAACUUGUGUGCUGCCAACUAAAACAAUCGUUUUUGUCAGUUUGUUGUUUUAUUGACACACUUGUCGCUAAUGCUGUGCUAACGCUCACCUUGCUGUCAGAAAAGGUUGAUUAAUGUGCUUAAAACAUAAGCACUUAGGAGAUGUUAUUAUUAAUUCAAUUCAGUACUUUUGUUGACACUUAAUAAGAACAAUGAGGAUUCUUCGUGCUGCCAAGAUACAUCAUUUGUCCACGUUGAUUCAUUCUGUCAGUCCCGCGGCAGCAGAUGUACCUGAUCUUGUGACGGGUAAAUUUAUAAAAUCAUGCUGUUGUUGUCAUGGUGAUGGCGAGCAGCUCCACGCAGACUUCAGUGCACAUCUCCAGAGGACAAGAAUGGACCAUCCAUGCUGCGACACCUGAUUUCCAAAAUUAAAGCCACCGGUCCAAUUUCUGUCUCUGAGUACAUGAGGGAGGCGCUCACCAACCCAGUGACGGUUUGUGAUGUCACUUUUCUACAGUUUCCCCAAAGAGACAGCAGGCUGCUCACGGUUGUCGUGCUGUCUCAGGGUUACUACGUGAGGAACAACAUGCUGGGAGCUGAAGGAGAUUUCAUCACGUCACCUGAGAUCAGCCAAGUCUUUGGAGAGUUGCUGGCCGUGUGGGUCAUUAGCGAGUGGAUGGGGGCGGGGCGGCCUAAGCAGCUCCAGCUGGUUGAGCUCGGACCUGGAGAAGGAUCUUUGGCCAGUGACGUUCUUCGAGUUCUGGGUCAGCUCCAGUCAGUGCUGGGCGGGGCUUCGGUGUCGCUCCACCUAGUGGAGGUGAGUCCUGCUUUGAGUCGCCUCCAGGCCCAAAGUCUCACUGGGACCAGGAGCCAGGAGGCAGACAGCGAGGAUGACCCUGUUUACCGCCAAGGCCGAACAGACGGCGGCCUGCAGGUGUCUUGGUACCGCUGCUUAGAGGACGUCCCCCGUGGCUUUAGCAUCUUUCUUGCUCACGAGUUCUUUGACGCUCUUCCCAUUCACAAGUUUCAGCGUACCAAGAGAGGCUGGAGAGAAGUGAUGGUAGACAUCGACCCGGAUAACCAGGGUCAGCUGAGGUUUGUGGUUGCGCCGUCGCCCACGUUGGCGUCAACCACGUUGGUGCAGGUGGAUGAAACACGGGAUCAUGUGGAGGUGUGUGCAGAGGGCGGAGUCAUCAUUCAGCAGCUGGCCAGUCGGGUGGCGGAAGAGGGCGGGGCUGCGUUGAUCGGCGACUACGGCCACGAUGGGACCAAGACAGACACGUUCCGAGGUUUUAAAGGUCACCAACUCCAUCAGGUCCUGACAACUCCAGGCUCAGCCGACCUCACUGCGGACGUGGACUUCAGCUACUUGCGCCGCGUGGUGGGAGGAGGCGUGGCCUGUCUGGGACCUGUCAGUCAAAGGACGUUCCUGAAGAACAUGGGCAUCGACACGCGCAUGCAGGUUCUACUGAGGAACUGCAGUGACUUGACCACCAGGCAGCAACUGAUCAGCAGUUAUGACAUGCUGACCAACCCAACCAAGAUGGGCGAGCGCUUCCACUUCUUUGGCCUGCUGCACCUUAGCCGCUUUGCCAAACCCAAGACGGCCACCGGGCUCAAACUGGAGCAAAAGAGCCCGGCUCAGCUUCCUGUUGCUGGAUUCACUGACAUGAGCUUCUCUUGAUCCGGUCAUACAGAACCUAUAACACGCUGUUGAGGAAACAUAAACAGAACAGGAACUUCAUGAGGACAUAUGGAACUUUUAUGAUACUUCUUGUGAGGUUAAAGGUCAUGAAGCAGGUGGAGAAAAUUAAUUGAAUCCCUCAACGUUGAAGAGGUUUGAUAGCAGCACGCCAACACAGAAGAAGAAGAAGAGUCAGACAAACAGCUUUACAACUUUGUUGAAUCAAUAAAAAAUGCUUGGCCGUCAA